GUAGAACUCCUGCUCCUGGUCGCCGUCGACGAUCUCCGAUCUCCGAUCACCGGAACAUUUCAACUCUCCGAUUAGUCAACAUCUAAAUUAUAACCAGUGAACCGGAGGGAGAGAAAACACAAGUUCUGAACCGAACAAAAACCGUGUCCAUAUGGUCUAGGGUUUAGUGUUCUAGAAGCUUCACUAUAACAAAUUCACUUCUGCCAUGGACGAUACAAAGCUCUUCGUUUUUCUUCUCUGCUUCAUUGCUCAGUUUUUCCUCUCUAUCUCAGCGUCAGACCAAGUGAACUCUUUCCAGUCAGUUCCUGAUCUUGAGAAGUCAAUGUACAUGGCCAUUGACGGGUAUCCGUGUGUACGGCUGCUAAACCUUUCAGGGGAGAUCGGUUGUUCAAGUACGAAACCCUGGGCGUGCCAACAUAGUUGCUCCAGUUGCUAGGUUCAAGACAGUAAAUAAGUUGGCUGAGCCAUCUGCAUUAAUGGUGUCUAUAGAUCAAUUUGAGGAACUCUUUGGAAGGCAUGUGGAUCUCUCUCUUUGUAAUUUUUUUGGACCAAAGAUUGUGUAUCUUCUGCGUUCCUUUGGAUGUAAAACGCUUUCCAUUUUAAUAUUUUAUUUAAAAAUUUUGAGUCGUGUAAUUGUUGGACAACUUUCCCGGUCCUAAGCCUGUUGCUUGUUGCUUCUUGUGCCAUGCCUGCACUUCCAGGAAUGAAGAUCAAGACAGAUACACCUAUUGCCAAAAAGGCUCGUGAAGGAGUCAUGGAGUUUUUGCUUAUGAAUCAUCCACUGGAUUGUCCAAUUUGUGAUCAGGGAGGAGAAUGUGAUCUCCAAGAUCAGUCUAUGGCCUUUGGCUCAGACCGUGGGCGUUUCACUGAAAUGAAGAGGUCUGUGGUUGACAAGAAUUUGGGCCCAUUGGUGAAGACUGUGAUGACCCGGUGCAUCCAGUGUACAAGGUGCGUCAGAUUUGCUACAGAAGUAGCUGGAACAGAGGACCUUGGAAUGUUGGGUCGUGGUAGUGGAGAAGAAAUUGGAACUUAUGUUGAAAAACUUAUGACAAGUGAACUUUCAGGGAAUGUGAUUGAUAUUUGUCCAGUUGGAGCCCUUACCUCAAAACCUUUUGCCUUUAAAGCCAGAAAUUGGGAGCUAAAGGGCAUAGAAAGCAUUGAUGUGACUGAUGCCGUUGGUUCUAACAUUCGAAUUGAUAGUAAAGGUCCGGAGGUCAUGCGUGUUGUACCGCGAUUAAACGAGGUCAUGUGCAUAUUGCAGUUCAAAGGGGUGCCUAUUCCAGAAUUGAAAUGCAAAUAUCUAACGCUGGAGUUGCGUAUGGAAAAGUUUAAUUUUUAUGGAGCAGCUGUUCCUUUGCGAGCGUCGCCUUAUGUGGAGACGCUCAACAUUGAUAUGGAUACUUCUUAUUUUGAUGGUUCCCAGUGCCACUUUGAGUUAAGCUAUUUGGCCAAAGCAGAUAAUGUUGAUUUGCAGAGUUGGAUUUCAUGCUUUGUGUUUCCCAACCUCAAGAAUGUUAAGAUUGUCAACUCCUCCAGGGUGUGUUUGAAGGAUCAUACCGAACAGGGCUAUGACCAGCUUUUCAAACUUUCAGAAUUUGUGUUAAAGAAUGCAACUGUCUUGGAGAAGUUCAUUGUCAUAUCAAAGACAAGAGAGUGCAAGAGAUGUUCAAUGUACUGUAUUUCUGCAUAUUUCUAUCAAUUGGCUGGGCAAUUGUUAGGCUGCCCACGAGCCUCCUCCAAUUCUCUGAUUAUUUUCCAGGAGUGAGUUUUCCAAGACUGCUAGUAGUUUCUUGUCUCAGGAUAUAAGUAAUGUUGCCAGUCGCCUUAUUUUAAAUUUUUGAUAAGCUGCUCGUGCAAUCAUGAAACUUUAACUUCUCCAUGUAACUAAUUACUUAUUUUGCUUUUGGACUUAGCCUUCUGGCAUACCUAAUGUUAUGGUAUCUUGGUUCCUGAUUUAAAAAAAAUGUAUGGUAU